AUGCCUGCUUUACAACAAAGAAUGUACUCAGAGCCAGUGUCUGGUACGCUUUCAACUCUGAGGGAAGACCUGGAUAAAGUAUCACUGGAUGAUAUUGAUAUCUCAUGCUCAAAACCUAAAAAGGUUCAUAAAAGUCCCUCUCAAGUGUUUGUCAACAAUUUCAAUAAUAAUACCUCGCCAAAUAAUGUUAAAGGUUUAGGGAUCAAUCUACCAAGAAGACCCAGUGAUUCCAUGUUCAAAAACCUGAAUCAACCAAGAUAUAAUAAUAAUAACACUUCACAAAAUAAAGUUUCUAUGCUUGAGAGACCCGUUUCCAAUGAUUCAAUAACUAGUUCUAACGGUUCAGAUUUCAGUGAGGGCGGUAAUUCUAGAAAUUCAUCCAUUACAAGUGCUUCAUUCGUUAACUCACCAAUAAUGGCCCAACAUAUAAAUGGAUCAAGUUCAUCCAUAAGUCAAGACUCUAAAUAUCAAUUACCAAGUUCAGCAAAUCAAAAAUAUAGUAAUGGAAGUCAGUUGAGUAUUAAUAAAUUAAGAGAUAGUGUUUCAACACCAAGAUUAAACAAAUAUCCUUCCAUGUCAAGCAUGGCAAGCUCCAUACCUUCAACUCCAGUGAGUGCAUCAUCUGUGAAUAUAUCAAACUCAACUAUCAAUACUUUAACACCUUCCCAAAAAUAUAGAUUAAGAAGACAAAACUCCAAAACUUCAACAAAGCAAAAUUUACGUAAAAGGGAAAAAUAUUUUGAUGAAUUAUAUUCAGAUGAAGAAACUAUUGACGAUAAUAUGAUUUGGAAUGUUCCAUUUACUAAAGGUUCCGCUACAAUUUUUUCACCAAGUUCUGGUAAGUCUUCCAAAAUGCUGAAGAAUGUUAUUACUCAAUCACCAGCACAAAUGCCAUUAUCUCCAUUACCUGGAUCAUUAUCUGCUCCAUCUACGCCAAUUACAAGAACCCCACAUGAAAAGGGAAAUGAUUCAGGUUCAUAUUUCUAUCAAAAUCCUGAUGAAGCUGCAAGUAUUUCCCAAUUUUAUCAAGCAUCAAGUGAAUCAUUUGUCGCAACAGAAUUAUCAUCUCGUCAAUCCAAAGGUGCAAGUUUGCCGAGCUCUAUAAAAGAAGCAUCAGAAUUAGGAUUUGAUGAUAUGAAAUUCAUUUCAAAAGAAAAAUCUGAGUGUUUCAGUUCUACAAGACCAAUUUGGUUACCACCAAAAUCCAAAGAUGAAUCUAAGAAACAUGAUCGUGAUAUAACAAAGAUGUUUGAGAGUGCAGCUAAACAUGAUAAGAAAAAACAAGAAUAUCGUGAUGCACUUCAACAAGUCCAAGAUAAAAAUAUCAAAAGAUGGGGUGAAUUAGAAGAACGUGGGAUUUUAAGAAAUUCAACCCAGAAUGAAAUGAAAAAAUUAGUUUUCAAAACCUCUAUACCCGAAUCUUUAAGAUUGAAAAUUUGGACAGAGUUAUUAAAUGAUAAAACUAAAGAAACAGAUUAUGAAACAUUUGAUGAAUUAAAUAAAAAAUUCAAGACGAUUCCAUCAUUUCCUAAAUCAAAAUUAUAUGAAAUUGAAAAAAUUGUUGAAUCAAUUUAUCCAAAACUAGGGAAGUUUCAAAACGGACAAGCUUUAAAUGAAUCAUUAAUCAAAUUAAUUGAAUUAAAAAGUAUAUCAACAAGAGGAAUGGAAUAUGGUGAUGAAUUAACUUUUGCAUUAUUAUUAUUGAAAUUUGAAGAACGUGAAGCUUAUGAUUUGAAUAACAAGUUAAAAUUUGGAAUCUUGAAUGAAGUUUUAUUGAAUAAAUUCAAUGAAAAUUCAAAUAAAAAUUCAGUUUUGAAGAAAUAUUUAAAUAAUAAAGAAUAUAAAGAUGAUUACGAAUUUUUGAAUUCAAAUUCAAUCUUUGAUAUAUUACAAAAUUUUUCAACUGAUAUAAGUUAUCACAUCUUGGAUAUAUUGAUUAUUUUGAAUGAUUAUAAGUAUGUUUAUGCAUUAUUUUUAACAAUUUUAAGAGACUAUCAUUUUGGGUUUAUGAACUUGAAAGUUUUGAAAAGUAAUGAUGAAAUUCUUGUUCCUGAUGAAUAUCAAUUUUUUGAUAGAUUAAAUCAUUUCUACAAAAAGUUUUAA